CCCGUGGCCAUGAGUGAGCCGGGAGCUCCCCAGCCCGACGAGGGCACCAUGUCCCGCCUGUUGCACGUGGUGGAGAGCGAGCUCCGGGCGGGCAGGGACAAGGGCGACCCCCUGGAGAAGCAACUGCGCAUCGUCCUAGAGGAUGCCCCCCUCUGGCAGCGAUUCAAGGAUGUCACCAAUGAGAUGAUCGUCACCAAGAAUGGCAGACGAAUGUUUCCAGUCCUCAAGGUCAGUGUCACGGGGCUGGAUCCCAAUGCCAUGUACUCGCUCUUGCUGGACUUUGUCCCCACGGACAGUCACCGCUGGAAAUAUGUCAACGGGGAGUGGGUGCCUGCAGGCAAGCCUGAGGUAUCUAGCCACAGCUGCGUCUACAUCCACCCAGACUCCCCCAACUUUGGGGCACACUGGAUGAAGGCCCCCAUUUCCUUCAGCAAGGUGAAACUGACCAACAAGCUGAAUGGAGGUGGGCAGAUCAUGCUGAAUUCCCUGCACAAAUACGAGCCCCAAGUCCACGUGGUUCGAGUAGGGGGCACCCAUCGGAUGGUCAUGAAUUGCUCCUUCCCGGAAACCCAGUUCAUCGCUGUGACGGCAUAUCAGAACGAGGAGAUCACUGCGCUUAAGAUCAAGUACAACCCCUUCGCCAAAGCUUUCCUCGAUGCCAAGGAAAGAAACCAUCUGAAGGAGCUUCCAGAAGUAAUGUCAGAGAGCCAGCAUGUGACCUACUCUCACUUGGGAGGCUGGAUCUUUUCCAACCCUGAAGGUGUAUGCGGAGCAGGAGGUGCCUCUUACCAGUAUCCGGGUCCGCUGCCCCUGUCUGCCCCCCACAGCUCCCACAGCUGUGAUCAUCACCGUGGACGCCGGCCUGUGCCCUAUCCAUCUGCUUACAUGCCCCGAAAUCAGGGUCCCUCAGUGAACCUGAUGGAAAGUUCUGGCAACAACCUGCAGGUGUUCCCUGGGUCAGACACCUGGACCCACUUAACCUCCACACCCCACGUUGGCCUCCUGCCUGCCCCCCACCCCAGUGGCCCCAUCAGUGGGGGGCCCAGCCCCUACUCCUGCCUGUGGACUCUCAGCAACAGCAGCGGGGGUCCAGGGGGCCCUGAGACACAUGCUAGCCCCCCUGGUGCCUUUCUGCUGGGCAGUUCCACCAUGGGCUCUCCCCUCUCAACGCAGGCUUCCCCCUCAGCCGGCCUGGAUGUUCUCGGGGAGCCCUCGCUGACCAGCUUUGCCGUGUCCACCUGGACUGCUGUGGCUACGCACCCUUUCUCUGGCUGUGGGGGCACGGGCGGGUCUGGGUGCCACUCUCCGUCCUUGGAGAGUUAG